AUGGCUGCUUCUUGCUCGCGUGGGAUCUUUGGAUGCCGAAGGUAUUUUAUAUUCAACUUCUUGCUCGCGUGGGAUCUUUGGAUGCCGAAGGUAUUUUAUAUUCAACUUCCAACUUUGUACUUGUACAAGUAAACAUGAUCAUGUAAAUACUUUGUAGGAACCUGGCCUUCGCGUGGAAUGUUGUGUGCAUCUGAAUACCAGGGUAUGCUCUGUUCGCACUCAAGACAGAAAUUUGAUUGUAAAUUUGUGUUACCCCUUUCCACUUCUACUCCUAUCUUUUUCCACUCCAAAAAACCUUCACACAGACGCUCGCCCCCUUGCGCAUCCAAGCAUCGAAUAAGCUGAAUCCUCCAAAAAUUCGGAAGCUCUUCUGGAACAUAGCCAUUAAUAGUUUUCUUGUGGUUCCAUGCGUCGGCUUGUCGUAUUACUGGUUGCAAACGCGAACAAAGCUUGGGCUUAGAGUGGAAGAGGAGCUCCCGUCAUACAUGGAGAGGGCUUUGCACACGGCGGCUGGCGUGUUCCUGUUCAACGAGCCGUUGUUUUUCUACGGACACUGGCUUUUCCACAGAAACAAGUGGCUAUAUAAACGUACUACAGGAGGUUCUUGUGUUCUAGAAUAACGAAAAGUAACCGGAGAUCCGCUUGAAAAACAACAUUUAACAAGCAUCAACAAGCUUGAUCCGAUCAUAGAAUAUUCUAGCCAAGUCCUCAGGAGGAUAUUUCCUUAUUUUACACAGGUAUCCACAAGAUUCACCACGAAUUCACGGCACCCAACGCUUUCGCGGCCAUCUACUGCCAUCCGAUCGAGUUAGUCGUUGCAGACUUCGUUCCUCUCGGCAUUGGCUUUCUGGUCAUGAACAGCCACGUUUAUAGCUUCCUAACCUGGACGUUAUUUGCAGUGCUAGGGACACAGACGCACCAUUGCGGCUUCAAGUGGCCCUGGGGAACGUGGGAUCACCAACCAGAGUUUCAUGAUUUGCACCACGAAAAAUUUAACGGCAACUACGGGAACAUAGGAUUCUUAGACUGGCUGCAUGGAACAACAUUGCACUUACCGGCUGUAAAGACGAUAAAGGAAGCAGAGCAGGAUGCAGCUGAGGUUGCAAGUGAAAAAGUAGCUGGUGCUCAUAGUGGAAGUGAUAGGAGUAGUGCUGGAGAACAAGGAAAGCCAGACACAGCAGCAACGUCUUCGCUAGACAAUAACACUUCUACAACAAGAACACAGCCUUCGGCAGUAAGCGUACCACUCCCAGUUGUAGAGAAAGACUAUGACAGCAGUGGAGAGAGAAGAAGAGCGCGAGGUGGAAAGAGGAAAGGCGGCUCACGAGAGUCGGACACCACAGAUGACGAUGCUGGCAGCACAAUUUCAACAAGUGGUGGGAGUGGCUGA